GUGACUUGAGAAAAUCCUGCCAUGAAGAGUAUAUUGCUUUUGUCGCUGGCUGCCUUGUCGCAGACGGGUGCAGCGCUGUCUCUCCAUGAGCGCAGCCAGCCUGCUACCCUGGGUUACGCCAUCGAGCGGAAAUCCAGCAAUGUGAAUAGCAGACGGAAGAGAGAUACGUCGUCUGUUACCAUCAACAGCGCUAACGAUCUCGACCUCUACUCCUUCAACUUCACCCUCGGCACCCCCGGCCAACCCAUCUCCGUCGGCCUCGACACCGGCAGUAGCGAUUUAUGGAUGAACGCAGUCAACUCGACCUACUGUAGCGGGCUGCACGAGUCGAAAUGCGACACUUCUGAUAAAUUCGACCCCAGCAAGUCGGAUUCGUACAAGGUGCUGAACCACGGGUUUAAGAUUCAGUAUGGCGAUAGUACGGGCGCGGAGGGCGACUAUGCGACUGAUACGCUCAAGUUUGGGAACGUCACGCUGGACGAGUUUCAGUUCGCGGUGGGGUAUGUGACGAGUACGGAGUUGGGCAUCAUGGGCAUCGGCUACGAAAGCCUCGAAGCAGUCGACCAAACACGCACCGCCGGCCCCGAAUACAAGAACCUGCCUCAAGCACUCGUCAAAGCAGGCUACAUCAAGUCCCCCGCAUACAGUCUCUGGCUCGACGAUCUCGAAUCCCGCAAAGGCCAGAUCCUCUUCGGCGGCGUCAACACGGCCAAGUACUCGGGCGAGCUGCACACUCUCCCCAUCAUCAAGGAACAUGGCGAUUACCUCGAAUUCCUAGUCAACAUGACCGGACUUAGCUUUUCGAAUGGAACCAAGGAGACGAGUUACUCGAAGGGAUUCCCCACGCCUGUUUUGCUGGAUUCUGGUACGACGCUUUCGUAUCUUCCUGAUGAUGCGGUGGAGGAUAUCCUCAACGAUGUCGGCACGUACGACUUUAUGCUGCAGACGUACACGGUUGACUGUGACAUGCGGAGCACGGGGUAUAACCUGACUUUCGAAUUCCCGGGAUUCAGCAUGACCGUCGACAUUGCAGAGAUGAUUCUCGAAGCAGAGAAUGGCAUCUGCAUCUUCGGUAUCGACUACCAGGGUAAAGAAACCGCCGUGCUGGGCGAUACUUUCCUGCGCAGCGCCUACGUCGUCUACGAUCUCGGCAAUAACGAGAUUUCCAUGGCUCCCGCCAACUUUGACCCCGGCGAGGAUAACAUUCUCGAGAUUGGCACUGGCUCGUCUGCUGUGCCCACUGCUACUGGUGCCCCGACCGGUACUGGGACGAGCACUGCUGCUACUGCCACCGGCACGAGUGGUGCCAGUGAGACUUCGGAGGGCGCGGCCAUGCCCAUGAUGACGGCUAGCCCUAAGCUUAUGGCUGGAUUGGCGGGUGCUGGUCUGCUGCUGGCUUUGUAGAUGAAUAUGACAUAUUGCAUAAUAGACGGAUAUAUGACUGAUAGAAUAGUACAUAAUGCAAGGACAAUCUAACUGAUACCCUGAUACUAUCUUCUACGCGAUGCAAUAGUAAUAGUUUACUCCUACAGAAGACAAAACCAAGCCCGCCGGUAAUGCCCUCAGGCAUAAUACUAAAGGAUAACCGCUAUAGGACCAACACUAACGAUCCACAAUAUAUCUUCCAGGCACUUUAAUCGAGGGAAU